UUUAACGUGUCAUAGAGAGGGAGAUAAAAGGAAUUCGUUUUCUGCUUUGUGAAUUGUGUGAUUCAUUCAACUGCUUUUUGAAAAGUGGGAAAACAUGUCGGCUAGUGACGGAUUCCACGCCAACCUUUUUUUCCUUCACCCCACCCCACCCCACCCCACCCCCUCAUCUUAUUCAGAUGUUUCUUCUCCUAGACUAGCUAACUAAUCACCAUAUUCAUCUGAUCUGCCAUUUUUCCACCUUCAUUUUGCUUGAAUAUUGUUUCUCCUCUACACAGGAAAUUGAAAGAUACCUGUAUAUAUCAUCAGCCAUGGGUUCUGGAGAAUGGUUUAAGAAGAUAAUCAAACUGAAGAAAGAAAAGGAUAGGAGAGGCAAAAAGGGAUUUAAAGGGACAACUUGGAGCAAAAGCAACAAUUACCUUUCCAUGAAGGAGCUUCCUAACUUAGGAAAUGGCAUUUCAGAUCUAAAAGUCAAGGCUCUUAGUAUGCCAGUUGAACAUAUUGCCGCAAUACGGAUCCAGAAAGCAUUCAGAGGACACAUGGCGAGAAACACAUUACACCGCUUAAAAGUGGUAGCUAAAUUGAAGAUCCUCACUGAAGGAAAUCCAGUAAAAAGGCAAACCUUAACAACUUUGAGGUAUCUUCACAACUGGGCUCAGAUGCAAGCAGCGAUUAGAGGUCGACGUGCUAGCAUGGUAGUGGAGGGUCAACUCCGGCAAAAGAAGCUUGAGAAUCAGUCAAAGCUCGAGGCAAAGCUUCAGAAUUUAGAGGUGGAGUGGAGCAACAGCCCGGAAACGAAGGAGGAAGCUCUUGCAAGAAUUCAUCAAAGAGAAGACGCUGCAGUGAAGCGAGAGCGCGCUUUAUCCUAUGCAUUUUCCCAUCAAUGGAGGGCAAACUCAAACACUAUGCAUGGAUGGAAUAACGUCCUACUCGGGCAGGCCGCUAAUUGGGACUGGAGCUGGACGGAUCGUUGGAUUGCUUCCCGGCCAUGGGAAAGCAGAAAAAGCCCUAAUAAGCUGAGAAGUCAUAAGUCACGUAAGAGCCCAAAUGUGCCCGUUCAAAGGAAAGUAGCUACAAAACCCCGCAGGCUAUCUAUUGAGUCGGGCGAGGAUCAAGCCAUGAGAACCUCCCAGCCUUGAGCUCUUCUGAAAACAAAGCCCUAUCUUUUUGGUGAUUGUUUAAUUUUUCAAGUAUACUUGCA